AUGGAAGAUAUUGUAGAGAAAAAUAUUGAAGAGUCUAACAUUUCUACAAGUUUUCUUAUAUACUCAAAAUAUUUACUCCUUAUUUUACAGACUGCUGUACUAAGGAUUAAAGAUAAUAAAGUUCCAACUGAAAUAGAAUUAAUGGCUGACAAAAGAUCUGUUCCUUUGUACCUCAAAUUACUCGAGUCAGGAUCUGAGAAAAAAAAGAGACAUACGUUUAGUAACUAUAAAGAAACUGAACUUAAUGCAAGAUUAUUAAAACCAUACGAAGAAAAACUAGCCAAUAAGCAUAGCUUAGCCAGCAUUGAAAAAACAGUGCACAGUACCUUUAACGACAACACUUCACCGACAGGUUUUGAUGAAUCAAAGGUACCUUUAUCAACUUCUCAGCCUACAAAACUAAAACAUCCAGUAGACACUGAAUGUAAAGAAGAAACACAAGUAGACUCUCAAACCGAAUGCCUAGUAGCCACUGCCUGUACAGCAGACACUCAAGUUAAACAUUCAGACAGAGCUCAGGAAACGGUUAAAGACAAUACCUGCAUAACCAUUUUGUACAGACGUGUUGAUGAAUCAAAUGAUUCAACAAUUUUUUCUCAGCAGCGUGAAAAAAUGAAACCUCCAGUAGUCACUCAAGUUGAACCUCCGGUAACCACUAAAUCUAAAUUAAUCAACAAUGACCAUCGACAGGAGCAAAAACUACUAUUAUCAAAAGCAUAUAAGGAUAUCAAAGCCAUGAUGGAGAAAUCUAAAGUUGAUUUACAUGACAAAGAGGAGUAUGUCAACUUUUUAUUAUGGGAUUUUGCUGGUGAUGAAGAAUUUUACCACACACAUCAAACAUUUUUGUCCCAAGAUGCAAUUUAUCUUGUUGUAACAAAACUGAAUGAGGCUGAUGACAAAAAUGCACAAGAACUGUUUCAGUUGUGGAUGAAUUCAAUACAUUGCUACUGUAGACUUGAUGAUCAGCAAAAUAAACCUGAAAGUGUUACUCCUACAAUAAAUGAGAGUAUGGAGAAAGAGGAGACAAAUAUGUGUGAUCCACCAGUAAUUCUUGUUGGUUCACAUAAAGACAAAGUCAGAAAUUCAAAGAGAGAAACGGAGGCCCUUGAAUUCAUAUUCAUUUGGGUAUUAGAGGAUCAACAGAAUUCGACUCCAGGAUAUCCUAAAAUAGAGAUUGAAUGCAAGAAGCAGAUUGAAAGCUUCGUGAAAGGUGUUUCAGAUGAUGCCUGUGGACAUAUACGAUCUGAAUACUUCAUUUCAAAUACAAAAGAUGAUGAUAGUAUAUUCCAGAAAAUAAAACAGGACAUAUUAAACUUAGCCAGAGGAAUGAAAUCAUGGAAUAAAGCCUACCCAUUGAAAUUUACACAACUGGAAAAAAGUCUUCAAGAGAAGAUGAUAGAGUUACAAAUUCCAAUUAUAACUUUUAAUGAACUGAUGAAAAUCUCUCUUGAAACACCAAUGCCAAUGAAUGAUGAGGAACUUAAGUUGUUUUUGAAAUUUCAACAUGAAUUAAGAGCUAUAGUUUAUUUUGAGGAUCUUCGUGAUUUUAUCAUUUUAGAUACACAGUGGUUGUCUGACGCUUUUAAAUGCAUAGUUACAGCAGAGAAGUUUCAAUUUGAUGUAAGCAGACAUAAAAUGAAGGACAAACUGGAGGAUUUAAAUGUUAGAGGAAUAUUACAUACUGAGGUUUUGGACGAUAUAUUUAAAAAUGAAAGAAAUGUUUUGUAUAAACAUGAGCAACAUAAAGAUGAUAUCCUUAAUAUUAUGGAGAAGUUUGAUAUCAUUAUACCUGCAACCCGAGAAAGUGCUGAUGAAAAACCUUGCUACUAUGUUCCUUGCAUGGUAAAAUCACAACCCGAAUAUGACACAUAUAAGAUGUUGAAUGUAACCAAAUAUACCUGUCAGAAAUCCACAUGGUUAUGUUUCAAAUUUAGGUUCCUACCACCACAUCUAAUUAAUCAUUUAAUUGCUUCACUGAGUCGAGUGUACGAAGUUGCACAACUGACUGUCCCUAAUAAGAAGAAACUGCAAGUUGCUCUUUUUAAAGACAAUGUAGUAUUUGAGUUAAAGCAGACAAAAUUGAGAAAAUUGCUUUUAAUGAAAUUUCAAAAUAUAAUUCAGGUUCAGGUUCUGGAAUUUGGAACAGGUGCUGUUAUCAAAAGAGGUUUGUUCAAAGACAUUGGCGACUUUGUGACAGACGAAUUACAAAAGAUAAUACAUACAAGAUUCAAAAUGCCAAAUGUAGAGUUUGAGAAAAAGUUUGAUUGUGGCCUUACAGAACCAGAACUAGUGACAGGAUCUAAUGAAUUUAGUGAGGAGGAGAUAACAGAAUAUCUUUGUGGGUCAUGUACAACACUUCAUCCAUUUAUUGGCGAAUGGUCAAAGGAAGGACAUGAAGUGCUGUCUUUGUCAAAGAGUCCUGAAGAUGUUCCCAGAUAUUAUCCUAACACAGAAAGCUUGGGACAAAUCCAAACUACGGGUACAUCCACCAAGGUACGUGUCCGUGUCCAAGCUGGUGAAAUAGUAUUUUCAAAUAUCAACGAUGAAGCAACAGGAACAGACAGUUCGUCAGUGUUCACCAAAGAGGAAAUAAAUUUUACAAAGAUGGGAAUGAUUGCGCUGAAUAUUUUUGCUGAUGUUUUAUAUGACCUCUUAAAACAAGAUAAAGCAAAUGUAUGCACAAGGACCGAUUGUGAUAUAACAUAUUUAUAUCGUGAACACAGGAAACUAAAUAAACACAUUCCUAGUAAUUCUUGGGGAGGAUCAUGGCAAACAAUUCAGACAACAGACAUAGCGAUUGGAGAUGAUAUUGAGCGCAUUAGACUUACGAGAAAUGAACUACAACACUCGAGGAUAUUUAAACUUGACGAAACACGUUUUAAUGAGCUAAGUAAUAUGUCAGGUGACAUUUUAAAAAAGUUUGAUCGUCAUAACACACCAACAAGGCUGUAUACAGAUCAUCUAAAUAACAUUUUGGCUAAAACUAUUUCUGCAGAGGAAUUCACCAAAGAGGAAAUAAAUUUUACAAAGAUGGGAAUGAUUGCGCUGAAUAUUUUUGCUGAUGUUUUAUAUGACCUCUUAAAACAAGAUAAAGCAAAUGUAUGCACAAGGACCGAUUGUGAUAUAACAUAUUUAUAUCGUGAACACAGGAAACUAAAUAAACACAUUCCUAGUAAUUCUUGGGGAGGAUCAUGGCAAACAAUUCAGACAACAGACAUAGCGAUUGAGGAUGAUAUUGAGCGCAUUAGACUUACGAGAAAUGAACUACAACACUCGAGGAUAUUUAAACUUGACGAAACACGUUUUAAUGAGCUAAGUAAUAUGUCAGGUGACAUUUUAAAAAGGUUUGAUCGUCAUAACACACCAACAAGGCUGUAUACAGAUCAUCUAAAUAACAUUUUGGCUAAAACUAUUUCUGCAGAGGAAGUGAAAUCAAUUGAAAAUGAAAUAUUAGAAUUUGCUAUGUGA